AUGUCUACUCCACAAGAAAUUAAUGUAAAUGCGGCUGCAACGAAAGCCGCAGAUUUAUUCCCAGAUAUCGGGGAUAAAACAAACCAAUUGACGCAGGAAAUACAAACGGUCGGAUGUGGGACCGUCCAAAACGGUUCUGAAGAGGCGAACGAGCCAAGCACUGACGCUGAUCAACAGACGGGAGAUGAAGUCGAGAGUCUAUGCAUGAAUUGCCAUGAAAAUGGAAUUACUCGUCUCCUCCUCACGCGUAUUCCCUACUUCCGCGAGAUAAUCCUAAUGUCUUUUGAGUGUCCUCACUGUCACUUCAAGAAUUCAGAGAUUCGCUCUGCUGGCGAAAUACAGACUGAAGGCUGCAAGUACGAACUUCGCCUUACUCAGAUGGCAGAUUUUGCGCGGCAGGUUGUAAAAUCUGAUACGGGUACGAUAAAGUUCAUCGAACUCGACCUUGAGAUCCCAGCCGGGCGCGGCCAGCUCACGAAUAUGGAAGGUCUACUCAGUAUGACACUUGAAGAUCUUUCGCGGCAACAGACUGACCGCAAAGUUAACAUGCCUCUGGUCUGGAGCAAAAUCGAGGAGAUUAUUGCAACUGGCCGCAGCAUGCUCGCAGGGCUCGUUUUUCCCUUCCGCGUUGAGCUCGAUGAUCCAGCUGGCAACUCCUGGAUCGAGCCGGAUCAUCGUGAUGGCGUUGGUAAACUCGCACGUAGCACUUAUCCUCGAACCCUAGAACAGAAUGCCGCGCUCGGCCUCGGCGACCAGGAGCCCAAACUUGAGCCACGCAUUGAGCCAAGCUCGGAGCCGUAUGAUACCGAUGCUAUAAGUCCUCAGGAGGUUUACUCGUUCCCGGCCAGCUGUCCGGGUUGUGUGAAAGCGUGCGUCACGCACAUGAAGAUGGUUGAUAUCCCUCACUUCCAACAAGUCAUCAUCAUGAGCACCGUCUGUGAUCACUGCGGCUACCGGUCCAACGAGGUAAAGACGGGCGGCGCGGUACCAGCGCGUGGCCAAAAGAUCACGCUACUUGUCCGAACCCCGACCGAUCUAGCGCGAGAUAUUCUCAAAUCUGAGUCAUGUGCACUCGAGUGUCCCGAGCUCAGCCUUGCCGUUAAUCCGGGCACCCUUGGUGGCCGUUUCACGACGGUCGAGGGCCUGUUGACCCAAAUGCGCGAUGAUCUGCGCCGACAAAUAUUCGACAUAGGCGACUCCCAGCAGCCCGACAGUAUCUCGACGUGGCAAAAAUUCUUCGAAAAACUAGACUCCGCUAUCCAAGGCGAGAUACUUUUUACUCUCGUCAUGACUGAUCCCUUAGCUAGCAGCUAUGUACAGAACCUCUGCGCACCUAGCAGCGAUCCACAACUAAAAAUUGAGGAUUACGAAAGAACCAAAGAAGAAGAAGAUGAUUUAGGCUUGAGCGAUAUGAGGACGGAAAAUUACUCAAACGAUAUUGAAAGUGGAGCGACGGAAAAAAAGGGGGAUCUAGUAGAAGUAUGUGUCAAUUAA